GGCAUUUAUAGGAUUGACACUUGUCCUCGAGAAGAUUUCAGUGGCCAAAAUCUUUCACCUUCACCCAAAAUUUUCUCUUGUUUGAUUCUUUAAUUUUUCCCGCGUUUCUUCCUCCUCUCUACUGCAGUUUCCAGCUUCAAAUGAUUAUUCGCUUUAUCUUCUUCUUCUUCCUUCUGUUCUCUUUGUAUUUCCCUAUCAGGUCUUCAAGCAAUGGAAGUACGGAAGAGGAGAAAACAUUAGCUAUGAUAAAGCCUGAUGGAGUGUUAGGUAAUUACACUGAAAGGAUAAAAAUGGUUAUUGUGGAGUCUGGUUUCAGCAUCAUUAGGGAAACUAUCACUCAACUUGAUGAGCACCGUGCUUCAAACUUUUAUGUUGAGCACUCUUCAAAAAGUUUCUUUUCAGGUCUUAUCAAAUACAUGACGAGUGGUCCAGUAUUGGUUAUGAUAUUGAAGAAGGAAAAUGCGGUUGCUGAUUGGCGUACUCUAAUUGGACCAACUGAUGCACAAAAAGCUAAGAUUACUCACCCUCACAGCAUCAGAGCAAUGUGUGGGUUGGAUUCAGAAAAGAAUUGUGUUCAUGGUUCAGACUCUCUUGAAUCGGCUCAAAGGGAAAUUUCCUUUUUCUUUGGGGAGAUAUCCUCAGGUGAUGCUGUUGGAGAGCAUGACGAACUCUGAAUGGUAAGAAUUCAGAGCAGAAUUACAUGUUAUUACAUGUUUCUCCAGUCUUUAUAACAGCCAUAAGACUUGAAAAAAAAAGGAGCAAUAGCAAAUACUUUAUGGUACUUAGGCAUCUGCUGUAAAAUAGACCUUUUUCAAUCUCAGUUUUGCAUGUUUCUUUCCCUCAAUUGUUGUUUCCUUUAACUAUCUUAAGUUGAUUUAUGAUCUUGCUACAAAAUGAUGACAAUGCCAGAAUUACUUGCUAUUUUAUGGUCUCACACUGAAAUGCAAAAAGUAUGUCAUUUGAAA